AUGCAUGUGGGGGGCGAAACGUUCGAUCCAAAGAAGUUUCUUCGGUUCCUGAACCUCCUAAAGACGGAUCUCAACGUCUCGACGGACCUGAUCAUGGAAAGGGUUUUGAGCGGGCUCUACGACGGCCUCACUGUCCAGGAACUGUUGACGUUUACUGCAGAGUCGGUCGCCUCUUUAUCUACCCAGCAUCCUGACUAUUCGGUGUUUGGUGGAAGGGUUGCGGCGAAAGCGCUCUAUCGAACCACACCCAAAACGUUCUCUGAAGCAGUGGAUGCGAUAUUCACCGGCGUCCCAGUGUCUCAGGGGACUUCGCAACUGUCUCCGGAGUUUCACCAGAUCGUAAUGGCAAAUCGCGACCGGCUGGACAAGGCAAUCAAACAUGAGAGAGACAAGAAGCUGACGUUCUUUGGGUUUCAGACACUCUCAAGAUCGUACUUGAUUCGAAUUGAAGGCAAGAUUAUCGAGAGACCCCAGUAUUUACUCAUGCGUGCAGCAGUGGGGAUCCACGGCGAGGACAUUGAUUCGGCCAUCGAGACGUACGACUUGAUGUCUCGACGAUUCUUUAUACAUGCAACCCCUACGCUGUUCAAUGCAGGAACCCGAAAACCCCAGUUGUCUUCUUGCUUUCUUGUUGCAAUGAAAGACGACUCCAUCGAGGGCAUUUUCGAGACCCUCAGUCAGUGUGCCAAAAUCUCCAAGCAUGCCGGUGGUAUUGGAUUGCAUGUCUCAAACAUUCGAUCCCGCAAUGCAUACAUCAAUGGUACCAACGGUCAGUCGUCUGGCCUGGUCCCGAUGUUGCGAGUGUUUAAUAACAUGGCCCGCUACGUGGAUCAAGGUGGGAACAAGCGCCCUGGCGCUAUUUCCAUCACUCUAGAACCGUGGCAUGCCGAUGUGUUUGAUUUCCUCGAGCUCAGAAAAAACCAUGGCAAAGAGGAGUAUCGUGCUCGCGAUUUGUUCUAUGCCCUUUGGAUCCCUGAUCUUUUCAUGAAAACAGUAGAGGAGGACGGUACAUGGUACCUAUUCAGCCCGGACACUGCCCCAGGGCUUUCAGAUGUGUACGGCAAGGACUUUGAGGAUCUUUACCGGCGCUACGUUUCGGAGAGCCGUUUUGUCGAGGCAGUCCCUGCUCAAAAGCUAUGGAUGGCUAUUUUGGACGCUCAGAUAGAGACAGGCAUGCCAUCUAUGUUGUACAAAGAUGCUUGCAACGCCAAAUCCAACCAGAAAAAUCUUGGAACCAUAAAGUCCUCCAACCUGUGUACAGAGAUCGUCGAGUAUUCCGACCCUAAUGAGACGGCCGCUUGUAAUCUUGCCUCUAUUGGCUUGCCCUCUUUUAUCAAUAACGGUGAGUUUGAUUUUGACAAACUCCAUCAAAUCACAAAAGUUGUCACCAAGAACUUGAAUCUGAUUAUAGACAGGGGCUUUUAUCCCGAUAAGCUCACAAAGCGCUCGAACUUGCGGCACCGGCCAAUUGCCAUCGGCGUGCAAGGACUCACAGAUGUGUAUCAGCUUUUGAAGCUGAAUUACGACUCUGACGAGGCGUGUAAGCUUAACGAACAUAUUUUCGAGACGAUCUAUCACGGUGCGCUUGAAAAGUCUAUGGAGAUUGCUCGUGAAAAUGGCAAACCGUACGAGUCGUACGAAGGCUCGCCAAUAUCUCAAGGAAAGUUUCAGUUCGAUCUGUGGCCAUCCAGCUCCGAGACCAAAAAGUGGGAUUGGGAGCUCCUUCGCCAGGAGAUCGCCAAACACGGGGUAGCCAAUUCGUUGGUGACCGCGAUCAUGCCUACUGCUUCUACGUCUCAAAUUCUCGGAUUCACCGAGUGUAUCGAACCCGUGACUUCAAACAUUUAUUCCCGCCGGGUGCUUAGCGGCGAGUUCCAGGUUGUCAACCCCCACCUUGUAAAUAUGUUAGAGCCGCUCGGCUUAUGGACCCCGCCGAUAAGGGCUCAGAUAAUUGCCAGCAACGGCUCUGUUCAGCGGAUAAAGGAGAUACCCGAUGAUAUCAAAGAUUUGUUCAGAACGGUCUGGGAACUCAGCCAGCGCGCAUUAAUUGACCAAGCAGCAACUCGCGGCCGGUACAUUGAUCAUUCGCAAAGCAUGAACCUGUUUUUAAGGUCUCCUAACCGACGCCAGCUGUCUUCUAUGCACUUUUACGCCUGGAAACAGGGUCUCAAGACCGGUAUCUACUACUUAAGGAGUGCUGCUGCUGCUGCGCCGAUCCCGGUAACUAUAGAGGUUGAUGUAGCAAGAUCGGCUUCUGUACAGCCCGAUUUUAAGCGAUCUCGACCGUCCACCCCGCAAUCGUGCGAUAUAUGUUCCGGCUAA